AUGUCGGUAGAAGAAUCUACUGUAUGGAAACAAUUUCCAUGCCCAUGUAAAGACUCGAAUCCUACCAAGCAGCCAAGGUCCAGUAAAGAUUGUUACGCAAAUCCCACUGGGACUAUGCUAUCCGAAGACUAUGCAGAAAUUGUGGAGGAGGGGGAUUAUUCUGUACCUGCAGCUAAAAAUUAUGAAUUGGUAAGGGAUCAAAUCGAACUCCAUGAAAUUUUGGGAGAAGGUCAGUUCGGUGAUGUCCACAGAGGUGCGGUUAGGACCAAAGAUGGGGUACUCAUUCCAGUGGCUGUGAAAACUUGCAAGGGCGAUGCUGACCUUGCAACUACGGAGAAGUUUCUCGAAGAAGCAUAUAUAAUGCAGAAAUUCGACCACCAACACAUCAUCAAAUUGAUCGGACUAUGUUCCGAUUCGCCCGUGUGGCUCGUCAUGGAGCUAGCCCGACUCGGAGAGUUGCGUUCCUACCUGCAGAACAACAAGAACCGUCUCGAUCUCGCCACUCUCUUACUAUACGCAUUCCAAUUAUCGACAGCGCUAAGUUACUUAGAAUCUAAGAAAUAUGUACAUAGGGAUAUAGCAGCUAGAAACGUUCUGGUCAGUACUGAUAAGUGUGUGAAGUUAGCGGAUUUCGGUCUCUCUCGAUGUAUGGGCGACGACCAGAGUUACUACAAGGCGUCUAAAAUGAAGUUGCCAAUAAAGUGGAUGAGUCCGGAGAGCAUCAACUUCAGGAGAUUCACUACAGCUAGCGACGUGUGGAUGUUUGGAGUAUGCAUCUGGGAAAUCCUGAUGCUCGGUGUCAAACCAUUCCAAGGAGUGAAAAACAACGACGUGAUAGGCAAGAUAGAAAACGGGGAACGGCUUCCUUUGCCGCCCGAUUGUCCGCCCCGUCUUUAUUCGCUCAUGUCACAGUGCUGGUCUUACGAACCGAGCAAGAGGCCCAGUUUCAAGGACAUCAAGGAAAUUCUGCAAGAAAUCUUGUUGGAAGAGAAGAGCGUUCAACAAGAGACGCUUAGGAGGGAGAACAGGAAAAUGGCGGCCAUGUCUUGGGGACCCUGCGACGAUUUUGCCGCCCCUCCGAAGCCUAGCCGUUAUCCAAUGCAAGCUGUGGAUCCCUCGUUAUAUUCAUCAACAGAUGCCACAACUGGUCUCGUAUCGCAAACGUACAUAGUGGCCCAAAAUCCAGAAGUACUCGCCCACCUUAUGAAAGAAAACGAAUGCAGAGGAAUCAGCCCGGCAGCUUACAACACUCCAGCUUCGGUAUUUAACACAGUAGCAGUUAAAUUUAAGAAAACAGACGAUACUCCAGACCCCAUCCUUGUAACCCAACCCAUAGCCAUACAAAACCUUCAAAAACUAGAUCCUGAAGUACCAGAAGGGGUUGAACCAAGCAAGCCCUCCAGUACUCUGGAACGUACUUCGUCUCGUUCUAGCACUGGCAGUGCCACCCCUCGAAUGGGUUCUCUGGAGAGAAUGGCCUCUGAUAAUGCCAGUUCCUCCUCCAAGUUGAACUCUUUAGAGCGCAACAUGAGCUCCCACAGUAGUUCUGGAGUUUUCAGCCCCAAAGUGGGUUCUUUGGAGCGGAAAUCCAGAAACGUCUCUCCCAAAAUGGGUUCCCUGGAAAGACAAACGACUUUUUCUCCCAAAAUGGGUUCUUUGGAUCGCAACGCCCGUAUCAUUCCCCAACCGGGAGGUUACGAUGUCGAGAACAUCCCUAAUUUCCAUCCCACCCCUAUCGUCUAUCAGUUUAGUGACAAGUCGAAAGAGAUGCAACAUUUCGAGGAGAGUAUUUAUGACUUUGGAGGGGCAGAUGUUAAGAGUUGCGCCCAUAAACAGCAGUUUUUCGUGCAAAAAGCGUCCGCUCAGGUUCGAAAGAGGCAUGGAAGUGUUUCGAGUGUUCUGUUUGCUUGUUUUGGAUGACUUAACUGUGUGAUACUUUUCUGUUGUGCUUCUUCGUGAUUGGCAUGAUGCAUGUUUUGAUAAAUAUAUUUUCAAAUAUUUUUUGUUAGACAUUUUUGUUUUGAUUAUUGGUACAGUUAUGAAAUGUUAUUUUGCAAGGUUUUUGCAUCUUAUUUAUUUUGUUGAGCAAUUCAAAAACCGCAACUUUCUGAAAAGAAAAGCAAGUCUGAUUUGCAAAGAAGCCACAUAUUGAAAAUGGUAUAUACAGUAUCG